UGUCUAAUGCUGUUGCAGGUAGCUCAUCAUUAUCCUACAACGCUCCAUCUCACACAGACCCGUCCCCUCGCCUAGCUGCCAAAGAAGAUACUUCAUAUGACGCUGUACGGCGGACUGGGUGGUCAAACAACAUGCAUAGCGGCAAAGGCUCACCGGUUGUUACUCAGAACGUGUCCAAGUCCACCGAGCAGCCCCGAGCCCAACCAGAUCCCUACCAGAUUCUUGGUCCCACCAGUAGUCGCCUAGCCAAUCCAGGUUCAGGUCAGAUCCAACUGUGGCAGUUCCUACUGGAGCUUCUGUCUGAUAGUGCCAAUGCCGGCUGCAUCACCUGGGAGGGCACCAACGGCGAGUUUAAGAUGACUGAUCCCGAUGAGGUGGCGCGGCGCUGGGGCGAGCGCAAAAGCAAGCCCAACAUGAACUACGACAAGCUGAGCCGCGCACUGCGCUACUACUACGACAAGAAUAUCAUGACCAAGGUUCACGGCAAGCGCUACGCCUACAAAUUCGACUUCCAUGGCAUCGCACAGGCCCUGCAGCCGCACCCCACUGAGUCAUCGAUGUACAAGUACCCCUCGGACCUGGCCUAUGUGCCUUCCUACCAUGCCCAUCAGCAAAAGGUCAAUUUUGUGUCCCCCCAUCCGCCCUCCAUGCCAGUCACCUCCUCCAACUUUUUUGGACCCACUGCUCCCUAUUGGAGUUCACCCACUGCAGGCAUCUACCCGAACCCAAAUGUUCCCCGCCACCCCAAUACCCAUGUCCCAUCCCAUCUUGGCAGUUACUACUAAACUACUCCUCUAUUAUCAUCCAGCAGCCCCCCCUCCAAAAAAAACCUCCCCUCUUCACCUUUUUUUUUUCCAAAAAAGCAAGUCCCCAUUUGCUGACCUGUACUCACAUUGACACCAAACCAACUAAGACUUAAUUAAUAGAGGUAAUUGUCCUCUGAAGGAAUUCUGCUCCUUAAUGGCCAAAUGAAGGGUGGUAAAAUUGAAGGAUUUUUUUGUUUUUGUUUUUUCUAUGUAAGAAUUUAUAAAACAACUGGAUGCGUUGAUCCAAAAAAUGGAAUACUACUUACUUUUUUAAAGACUAGAAACUGUUCCCAAGUUUGUUGAUGUAUUGGACGUGUGUCUAUGUUUCCUGUGCCUUUCUCCUUCACAUCCUCCUGAAAGCUGCACCCGUGGGCCAGUUAAUGUCCCUUCCAAAAACUUUGACACGGUUACACAAUUACACAGCCAUAGUAUAAGGAAAAGGGGGAGUGACCGAAGCCUAUCUCCUUCCAGUUUCCUUGUGUGUCCAACAACCAGACAUGGGCCCAGUCUUUAUGGGUCUUAAUCUACAUCCUCCUCUGUGUAUCAUCACGAAUAUUAUGCUUUUCAAGCAUGUGCCUGUCGCUCCAUUUCCAGUAUUGCCGGGCUUCUCCAACUCACAUUUUAUUCCCCGUAUCUGCGUCUGUGUGUCCGUGCAUCUGCAUCCCUUUAUGUGUGUGUGGAGAGUCCUCUGGAAUUUGUUGGAUGAGGGGAGCUCUCGGAGAGAUGGACUUUUCUCAGCACUGAAUGAUAUUUGGCGACUGGAAUAUGCCAUUUAUUUUAUCCUCCAAACUGGAAGGCUAGAGAAGAGUUGAAUGCCAGAGAUGGAAGCGCUGUAUGUUUUGCAGACCUGGAUCAAUGAUUGAUUUAAAUCCUUUGCAUUUGUGUUUGCUUCAGUCUGGUUGGAGCUCAGGAUGGGCAAAAUAUCCACCACUUUUGAGGCAAUGCAGUUGGCUCCACUGUGCUGGAGAAGCUCAGCCAAGUAAUGAUGCAAUCGGUAACAGAAAAAAAAGAAGAAAAGAUUCAAUCCAGGUCAGAUGUUUUCAGGGGGCCACACACCAGGCUAUUAAAUGUUCGCCAUGCUGUUUGCCUUUCAGCCAUGCCAUUCCCAGACAUUUUGUUGCUGGACCAAGUACAGUAAUAAUGUGAAUGUUUUCUGGUUUGUGAAAUGCAUAUAAGGGGAUACCCUGCAGCAAAAUCAAAUGUUGUCAGUUGUUUUCAGUGGGUAAAAGUGCUAAAGGUGCUAUGUGUAAUUCUACCUAAAACCUGACCUCUAUCAUUCAGCCAUGUGAAUAACAACAACAAACCAAACCAAGCAAGACUAACAAAUUCAAAUGGAGAUGCAGUGGCUGCACAAAACAUUUGCUGAUCAUUCAUUUUUGAACACUCUCGGUAGAUAUCAUUUGCUGUGACCACUGCAUAGUCAGGACUGUGAGUGUGAGCUGAGUCUUUUGGGGGGACCAGGUGUAAAAAAAAAAACAAAACAAAAAAAACAGCGCAACUGGCCCGUCUAUUGUGUUUGUGAAUGCAGAGAUCAGGGGUGGGGAGGGUGAGUCGUUUACCUUGUUCCAGUCAAAACCAGUCAUCAGUGUCCCCUGCUGAUAUUUACUUUUCAUAUGCUUCAGGAAAGCCAAAAUAUUACACAUAGAACCUUUAUAUUGAGAAACAAAUCCCUUUAUACUUGACAUCUUUGCUGUACAUAGGGCCACCUAUCUUAAUCUAAAAUAAGCCUAAAAGUUUAAUAUCUAUACAUAUACAUAUGGAAUUUAGUGAAUGCUUUUAUCCAAAGUGCCUAACUGUGUAUACCAUGAAUGCAUCCAUUUUGAAUAUGGGUGUCCCAGUGGUAGUCAACUCCCUUACACCUAGCAUGGUCAGUGCCCCAUUGUGAACACUGAGCUACACAGGAACAUAUCAUUUGUGCUCUUUUAGCAUGGGACUGAGUUGGAUCUGAACCAUGAUCAGUAAGAUACAACAAAUCAUCUCUGUAUCGGAGCAGAAAUCUGACAAAUUUUGAUUUUGAAGUGCACUUUGACAAUAACAGAUUGUCGUGGUUUCUCCUUCCUCUGUAUCCAGGCCAGUCAUGACCUAGUGUGUGGGUCAGCAGAGAGGUGGCAUGGCAUUAGUCAUGUUAUUUAUCAACAGUCAGUCAGUUUGCAUUUGGCCAGGGCCAGAUCAACGUUUGAGAGCAGCUGUUGAAUGUUAAUUGCUCACUGAAUCAAACACCGGCAAAAUGCACAUGAAUCUCGAGACAGGAUUUGACCCUAAUUUAAUAGUGUCAUGUCAAAGCAUAUCCAUAUUCAGGUGUUCAAGAGUUUAUGGCAAAUUUAUUCCUUUAAAGUAACUGAAAGUGGACACUUGAAAAUAAAUUACUUGGGGAUAAGUAAUUUAUCAAAGAACAAAGCCAAUAAGUAUGACAAGAUGAAACAGAAAUCCUCAGAUUCGCGAACGCUGUGCGUUUGUCAGACCUAUUUUCUAUUAUUUUGUAAGCAUCAGUCAACUAGGCAUUAAAGCAACUUACUGUAUAAAUUAUGCAGAGUUAUUUUCAUAUGUGACACAAUAUUAAAAAAGUCAAGAGAAUUAAUACGAGUUGACCUCGGUCAAAAAUGCAAACCUUUUAAGUCCAUUUCUGCUAAGUGGUUUGUUCAACAUUUUAAGCGUUUUAUAUCUGUACAUUUGGGCAAUACAUUUUUACAUUUGAUGUUUUUCUUGUUGUUGUUAUUAUUUCUAAAAUUCGGUUUUUAAUGUCCUCAGUGCCAAGAAGCGCACAAGAUAUUUUCUAGUUAUUCCCAAGUCACCAAAUACCUGCUUGAAUCAUAACCCAAUAAUCAACCUACAGAUUUUUUUUAAUACUCCAUAUACAACAUAUGAUAUUAUGUUUUUCGUUAUGAAAUCACUUUCAUGCCUGAUAGCCCCUGAAAAUGGCAGCUUUCCCUGUGCCUUAAAAAUUGCAAAGUAUUAUAUGCAAAAAAUGCAAAACAUACAAAUAAUAUCCACAAUUAGCCUCUCUUGAAGUUUAUAGCUUUAAGUGAAUGCAGAAGAAGGGAACAUGUAAAUUGUAGCAUAAAGAAAUUAUCCUAAAUAUGUACCCUUAAAUUCCAUGUUUAACAAGAAUUAAUAUUCAUUGAAAGGGAAUUUUGCUACUUCGUAUAUGCAAUGUAUUUUGGAUAUCAAAUAUAUAAAUAUAUAUAUAUAUAAAUGUAAUAUUUUACAAUUAACCAAUGUAUUAUUAUUAUUGUCAUUCCUGCAAUGUAUGACAUAUUACCUUUUGAAAAAGGGCUUUUGUAUAGAAAAAAUGUGACAAAAUAAAUGUUUUACCUCUCAAGUUAUCUUCAAUGGUCUGCUCAUUGCCUGGACAAAAAGGGUAGUAAUAAACUAAGGCUCUUUCUAAACUUUCCAUUAUGAUGGCCAGUAAGUGCAAAAAAAUAUCAAAACUAUUUUUUUUCAUACUAUCUUGCCCUUUUGCAACUCUCCAUUACUCAGCUAUAGCAACAAAAAAAUAAAAAAUAAAAAAAAUAAAAAACUUUAUUGCUGUCUUCAUCCACUUAUUUUAAACACCCAUCCUAAUUUAGGGGGAUUUAAUAGGUUAACAUUUGCAGGGAAUCCUACCUUCCUCCUGGAUCUACCAGGUCAAAUUUCAUGGAAAUUUGAACGUCAAUUGUAUUGAGAUCAUAUUAUCUUCAUAUCUGGAAAUGUCUCUGUAAUAUAAUCUCUUACAUACGCACAUAAACUGCUGGAGUGCAGGCAUUAAAUUUAGAUGGUGGAGGGGGUUGAAAGGAGGGCGGGGAAAUAGGAGAUGACCGUUUUGUAUGUUUCUUAUUCUAUGCACUGGAUUGGAGGGGAAGAAAAAAAAAGAAAUUGGCAAGAAUGUUGAUUCAGACUCGCAUUGCCCAGAAUGAAUCCAUUGUUGUCAGUUCCAUUUCAAAAGAUGAAUUUAUAAGUCAUUCUGUAAAGUAUAUGUAAGUUGUACGGUUUUCAAAUAAAGAAAGUGUGUGACAGUGCAGCUGGAUCCAGGGAAGUAACUUAGAUCCGGCAUCCUCUUUGCACUUUUGGCUCCCUCUGCUGGACCAACACACCAGAGACCUGCUGCAGCUUGCACACCAAAUGAGAAGGCUCGGAUGCUCAUGGGCUCCAAUUUGCAUCUUCUUACUUGCAAUGUAAAAAAAAAAUUUUUUAAGUACAGAUAUAGUACCUUUUUUUUUAAUUAGCCAAAGACUAAUUGAUUGAUCAGCUAGAAAGUAGAACGCAAUGUCUCAUAUAUCACAUAGUGAUGCAGUGCUGUGAUCAAGACAACUUCUCACUCACUUUACAAUCAAAAUAUUUGCCAGCUAAUCUGGAGAUUAGAGGCAAUAACCCCCCUGUGUUUCAAAAUUUGGAGCCAUUUGAAGCCAUUCCCAAUGCUUUAUAUUAUUUGGAUAUUUAUACAUGAACUCCUACCUUCCCACUGAGCACCAGACCUCAACAUAGCGGCUGCGCAUUGGCUAUCAAGAUGAGAAUACAUCUGGCUAAAUGUAGCCCAUUUAGACCAAACUGUUGAAUGAAUUAUAACAUAAUAAUGUCUUACCCAAACAACCACAAAAUCCAUGUCCAGAUAUUUUAAUUGUUGUUGUUUUUGUUUUAAUAGUGGUUGUUCAGACCAAGCUGUCUGCUAAACUUUAUUUUUUGAUCAAAUUUUAGUCAGGCUAUAGCCUAGACAGCAUGUCAAGGCUUUAGCCUGAUAGUAUUAGCCUAGACGUGCUGUCCAGCCGAAAUCUGAAUGAAAAAUUAAAGUUUCAUAGAUGACUAAAUCUAAACCUGAAUCUUAAACAGUUAAAGUUGUUUGGGUGAUGCAUAAUUAUGUAAUUAUGAAAUAAACAGUUUGAUCUAAAAGUGGGCUACAUUUAGCCAGACAUAAACUAGAUCAAAGCUGGUGCAUAGCUGCCAUGUUAAACUCAGGACUGGUCCUCAGUAGGAUGAUUUCAGUGCCUUUCUCAAGCUAUUCAUCCUAAGGUUUACCAAAGAUGUUUCAAAAUAUGACUUGUAUCGUCCUGAAUGCCAAUACUGUGGACCUACUCUUGUUUGUCUCUAUUUUGCUUCUAUACAAACAUCUUGUCAAACGGGUACAAACUGUAUUUUGUAUCAUAUCCUUUCUAAAUACCAAGUAGCAGGUGUUGCUUAUCAUGCAGCUGGCAUGUGAGAGCCAUGCACCAUAGACAAAAGAGUCUUCUCUGUAAUUGAGAUGUGCUUACAGGCACGUGUGCCCAAUUUCUGCUGUUAUUAUGUUCAGUCACAUAAAAAAUGUAUUUUACUUCCAAA